AUGACCUGGGUCGGGGGUCCCAGAGACCUCAGGGGCCUAUGGAAGGAGCCUAGUGACUCCGUGGGCCGAAGCGCUGACCUCCCGGGCCCUCCGAUCCACCCUGACCUGUGGCCUAUCCCCGAUCAAUACUGCCAGGCUGGCCUGGCCAUGCCUUCGACCCCCCUUCCUCUGUUGCAGGGUCUCAGGUUUGAGGUGGUUCCUUCGCGGUUCAAGGAGAAGCUGGAUAAGACCUCGUUCCCCAGCCCCUACGCAUACGCCGUCGAGACGGCGAGGCAGAAGGCCCUGGAGGUCGCCAGCAGGAUCCACCAGAAGGACCUGCGGGCCCCCGACGUGGUCAUCGGGGCAGACACGAUCGUGACGGUGGGGGGGCUCAUUCUGGAGAAGCCCGUGGACAAGCGGGACGCCUACAGGAUGCUGUCCAGGCUGAGCGGCCAGGAGCACAGCGUGUUCACGGGCGUGGCUAUCGUGCACUGCUCCAGCACAGGGACUGAGCUGGACACUGAGGUGUCGGAGUUCUACGAGGAGACCACGGUGAAGUUCUCGGAGCUGUCGGAGGAGCUGCUGUGGGAGUACAUCCACAGCGGGGAGCCCAUGGACAAGGCGGGCGGCUAUGGCAUCCAGGCCCUGGGCGGGAUGCUGGUGGAGUACGUGCACGGGGACUUCCUGAACGUGGUGGGCUUCCCGCUGAACCGGUUCUGCCCGGCCCGGCUGUACUGCCCGCCGCGCCGGGAGGAUCUGCACAGGGUCAAGCACGACUCCAUCCCCGCCGUGGACACCUUCGAGGUGCCGAGCGACCUGGACGCAGGCUGCGCAGGGCCCGCUCCCACCACUGCGGGCGGCGACGGCGAUGCGGAGGCACAAGGCCACUGUCCCUGUCCUUCUGGAGCCGCCUGGGGCCCUGCACACACGGACAGUGACCCAGGGGCUCGGGGGCCACAGGACACAGCCCGUAACGGGGCGGUGGAGACCCUGGCCCCGUUCCCAGCCGGCCUGCUGCAGCUGAUGGAAAGUCUCCAGACAUCACAGGCCCUGCUGGCCGCCUGCCGGCUGAAGGUGUUCGACCUGCUGAGGGACAGGGCCCCCCAGACGGCGGCGGGCAUCGCGGGGGCCGUGGACGCGUCCGUGUGGACAGUCGAGAGGCUGCUGGACCUCUGCACAGCUGCGGGGCUACUGGAGAAGACGGAACGGGGUUACCGCAACACGGACUCGGCCGCCCUGUACCUGGUGUCAGACGCCGAGUGCUCCCUCCGUGACUUCGGUCUUCACAGCGGCCAUCGCACCGGCCACGUCCGCACACACCCCGAGGCCACCAUCCGGGAGGGGGGCCGCCAGCCCCAGGUGUCGGCGAGGAGCGCACAGGGGUGGCAGGAGUCCGGCCACCAUGGUGAGCAGACCAAGCCGCGGUCCCCGCCUGCCAGGCGCGGCCUCACUGAGCUCACCGCACGCCAGCUGGCCACGGCCUUCGACCUGUCCCGGUUCCGCUCUGCCUGCCACCUGGGAGGCCGCCCGGGCGCCCUGGCCCACGAGCUGGCCCACGCAUACCCGCGUCUCCAGGUGACAGCGUCUGAGCUCUCAGGUGACACGGAGCCCGUCUCCUGCUCUCCAGCCCGCGGAGCAGGGACAGCGCCAGGCAGCUCCGUGUCGGGGCCCCUGCUCAGAGACGGCGACCCCGAGGCCGACCUGUACAUCCUGUGCGGGACCCCUGGGGGCCGGAUGGACGGCGGCGUGGACGUGGACGAGCUGCUGAGGACGGUGGCCGCGCACUGCAGGCCGGGAGGUGGCGUCCUGCUGGCCGAGGCGGUCCUGGAGGAGGGACAGAGCGUGCCCAGGACAGGCGUGACCCAGCCCCUGGGUGAGAGGCGGCCGAGGAGCCUCGGCGAGUACAGAGUGCUGCUGGCCCGACACGGCUUCGGGGACCUUCAGGUGGCGCGUGUGGGAGGCACCGUGGCUGCCAUCCUGGGCACCCGCGUGGCCCCAUGAGAUGGACAGCAGACCAACAUUCCCACAGCGGCAGACCUGUGUGCAGGCGCUGGGCCACCGCGUGCAGGACGAGCCGUGAGGGAAUACAGACCACCGAGGUGCUGGGCUACAACCCCAGGCUUUUCCAGAGUGGCCAGAGACGCUGGCCGGGAGAGGCCGUGGGACACGGAGCCAGCUGUGGGUGCAGCCCAGGCCUGCCCUCCGGGACCCUUCUCUGAUUCUGGGGCACGUGCAUCCUCCUCACGGCCUCUUUUGGGGAGAGGUGUUUGCUCCAGGGCACGUGCAUUCCCCGGAGAGACAGAGAGACAGGAAGUGAGAAUCCCCCCCUCAGGGGGAUGGCCAUGCCACAGCCCCUUCUCCUCCAUUCUCCUCUUGGGAUCUUGGGCACGCACGCACAUGUGCCUGGUGUGAGUUUAAGCCACCGGGUCCGGGACUCGAACUGCAGCCAGCCAAAGUGGGAAGCCAGUGCCUGGACCACCUGCCGGCCCCUGAGCUGGUUUUCCUAUGAGCAAAUAAAACAUACAUCUCCCGGCUGUCGGGCCACUCCAAGCAUGUAG